AUGAGUAGAUGGGAAAUGUAUGAGAGAUUGAAUAAGAAUAAGAAAUUUGUGAAGGAAUUGAGAAAACUGAAAUUACAAAAGGCAAUAAAGUAUAGAAAAUUUUUAAGACAUUUAAGAGAAAUAAAGAAAAGGAAAAAAAAUACUUUUUAUCGAAUGUUACCAAUUAAUAAUAAAGGAUAUAAAUUAUUCAAUAAUAAUGAUAUUCAUAAGUUUCUAUUUAAUUUAUUUACCUAA